AUGGAUCAGGAUGUAGUGAAUAGUUUGGGAAACUUGAAGCUCACAAAAGAAGAGGAGGAGGAUAUUGUUAUUACUAAUAGCAACAGUUCUGAAAUCUUUGAAGAAUGCUCUCUGAGCUUAUUUGGGCGUCUACUUUCAGACCGCCAUCAAAAUCUUAGAGCUGUUAAGAACACUCUAAAAGCAGCUUGGAAAAUGGGCUCUGAUCUGAGAAUAGUGGAAGUGGGUAAUAAUAUUUUGCAGUUUAAGUUGGGGUCUAGAUAUCAGUUAGAGUGGGUUGAAAGAAGUGGCCCUUGGAAUUUUGAUAAUAACCUCCUCCUUCUUUGUCGAUGGUGGAAAGGUUUGACAUCAAAAAACAUUACUUUCUCCCAUUCUCUUUUUUGGGUGCAAAUUUGGCAUCUGCCAUUUGAGAAUAUGACUGAAAAUAUUGGAAGAGAUAUUGGCAGUAAAAUUGGAAGAGUGUUGGAGGUUGACAAGAGAGCUAUACAAACAGACCAAGCCAAGUUUUUAAGAAUAAGAGUUGAGGUGCAAAUUGAUAAACCUCUCCGUAGAGGGGGGUAUGUGAAGAAUGAUGAAGGUGGAAGAUUUUGGGUGGAUUUAAGGUAUGAGAGGUUGCCUACUCUUUGUUAUAGAUGUGGAAUACUUGGGCAUGAUGAAAAACAUUGUCAAGGUAGUUCACUGGAGCAAUUAUCAAGGAGGCAAUAUGGUGAAUGGCUGAAAGCUAGUGGAGUUUUGAAAUUUGGAGAUGAAAAAGAAAAGCUGAAAGAGUAG